AUGCUCAUAAACAAUAAUGAUUCAAAAACUGAUAAGUUUCAUUCGAAACAUUGUGUCCAAGGUUAUAAUAAUAUAAUACUAUGGUUAUUGAUUUCAAAUGGUAGUUUUUAUGAUGAAAGUCUUUCAUCGUUACAAAAUGUUACUGGUAAGCAAAUAGCAAUAAAGGAUGCUACUGAUAUGAUGAAUAAUGAGAUAUCAAUUAUUUCAGUUAUUGAAACAAGCGAGCCGAGCGCAGCUACAACUUCAGCUUUUACAAUAGCAACUUUUACAGCAGCACCAACUACUGUAACAACGACUUCUACAACAGCAUCAGCUUCUAUAUCUACAUUUAGUCCAGCAAAUGGAACAACGAUCACAAUAACGACAACGACCACAACAACUACAACUACAACAACUACAACUACUACAACAACAGAAAUUACAAAACGCACACCAUCAUCUAAUCCUACAUGGAUUAUUGUUGGUAGUAUUGCCGGUGGUUUAGCAGCUAUUGGAUUACUUGGUGUUGUUGCUGGUAUAUAUAUAUGUUACAGCAAAGCUCAUAAACAAUUUCGAAUAACAAAUGAUAGUUCAAUUAAUCGAAAUUCUAUUCCAUUACGUCCACUAGGCAAUUAA